UGCACCGUGGGUACGGUGCGAUACGUCGCGCACGGUGCAACGAGCAUUGCGUCGGCGCAACGACGCGCAUUCAAGAUCCGAUCGACGGGGGGUAGCGUUCGAUAGCGGGCAAUCGAGAUCAAUUAGCUCUCCGCUUCCGAGCCGGCUCCAUCGCGUCCUGGGCCGUUUAGCCUGAUCGACGUCGCCCAAACUCCACCCUUCCGGACGUGUCGGACUUCCCACACUUGUCCACCCGUUCUCGGCAAAAAGUGAGAGGUUUCCAGCAGUUUCAAAUGUGCAGAUCCAGGGGAUCGAUGUGAACGCUCACGCGCGCAUGAAUCACGCGUGAAGAGGCAUAUCGGUCCGGCAACCGUGACCGAAAGUUGCGAGAAGUUUCCCCCGGCGUUCGCCCGACCGACCUGAAUUUACUCGGGGGGAAAAAGCGGUCUGCAGCUGCGAAGGGUCCGAGAAUUGGCGAGGGCUCGGCCAACGGUGCGUGUCCGUGUGUGCGUGCGUCCGUUGCGAGCCGUUCGGGCUGCCGAGGAACGUCGGGCCCGACGGCGACCAAUCAGAGCGCUUCGGCACUCGCCAACGGCCAAUCAGAGGCUCUCGCUCGCCGCCAUAUUGGGGCCGCGCAACAAGUAUCAGCGCGUGUCGGCGUGUGUCAGCGCGAGACGCCGCGAGGCGUGGUACGCGCGAUUCGGGACCGCUCGGGUGAUCGACAGGACCUCGGGAAACUUCCUUGCACGUAAAACGGCUCCGAGGACAUAAUGGGCUGCGCGGUGAGCUCCACCGGCGAGAAGGAGGCCGCCGAGAGGUCCAAGAAGAUCGACAAGGACCUCCGGGCCGACGGCGAGCGAGCCGCUAGUGAGGUCAAGCUCCUGCUACUCGGAGCUGGAGAAUCUGGAAAGUCCACUAUUGUAAAGCAGAUGAAGAUCAUACACGAGACUGGGUACAGUAAGGAAGAAUGUGAACAAUACAGGCCUGUAGUUUACAGUAAUACGAUACAAAGUUUACUGGCUAUAAUCAGAGCUAUGGGAUGUCUUAGGAUCAAUUUUGCAGAUCCUAACAAAGUUGAUAUGGCAUGUCAGUUCUUUGCAUUAGCGUCAGCAGUAGAGGAAGGGGAAUUAACCGAGGAGUUGGUUAUGCUGAUGAAAAGAUUAUGGCAAGAUGCCGGAGUGCAGCUAUGUUUUACACGCAGUAGGGAAUACCAAUUAAACGAUUCGGCAGCAUACUAUCUGAAUGCUUUGGAUCGCAUUUCACAACCCCAUUACAUUCCUACUCAGCAGGAUGUCCUUAGAACACGAGUCAAAACCACUGGCAUAGUGGAAACACAUUUUUCAUUCAAAGGAUUACAUUUCAAAAUGUUCGACGUAGGAGGUCAACGGUCAGAACGUAAAAAGUGGAUUCAUUGUUUCGAGGGAGUUACGGCAAUUAUAUUUUGCGUUGCUCUUAGUGGAUACGACCUGGUGCUUGCCGAAGACGAAGAGAUGAACAGGAUGAUAGAAUCAAUGAAAUUAUUUGAUUCGAUAUGCAACAGUAAAUGAUAUCCACUCCUUUAUUCUUGAUCGAUCGGUUCGAUCAAUUUAUCAAGUGGAAACAUCGAAGAAGAAAGAAAAAAGUCAGUUGGGUGUUCGCGAGAGAAAUUCUAGUGGAAUGCUUUGGCAGCAUCUGAAAUCUAUAUUAUAAUAAGCAAUUCUUACCAGCCGGAAAACAGAAAAGUGACUUUUCUCUGCUUAUGCGAAUCGCUACUUGCGCAGUGCCGUUGCUUAAAUUCAUUCUAAACGUUUAAGCUCUUGCGUCCGUGUAAUUACAAUAAUUUCUUACAUUUGAGGUAAUCCUUGGGAUACCCUCCUUGGUCCUCAAAGAGGGAUUCGAGGAAAAAAAAAAGUCAGACAUUAAAGCCAUGCUAGGAAACAUACUGACUAUUGAGCUGCUCUUCCGGGCUACGUUUUAUAUCCUCGGAUGCAUACAUGGUAUAUACACUUACUAAAUGAAUAUUAGAUCUAAAAAUAAAUAUAACCGCGCUUCAAUUAGGAUUUAACAUUAGCUAGACGUCCUAACGAGAAACGCUCGUAAAUCUUUUUAUACCCCUUUCCGUCUCGUUCCACCAUGUACAGCUUUAAACGUAAACCUAAAACAGAGCGACGUAUUGAAUAUACGUAUACAUACAUACACGCACACGUGUGCCUACGCUUGGUCAACAAUUGUUUACACAUUUUGUAGUUUUUAAUACUGGCAUGCUUUACGUCGAGGUGCAGCUCGUCGAGCUAAAGCUUGGGCAACGCGGUGACGCUAAAUUUCGCUCGCGGUGAUUCAAAGGGUGACAAAAGCUUCCUCGAGAUUCUCCAAAUUUAUAACAUAGACUAUAAACAAUAGUACAUUUUCCCUCUCUCGAAUACCGCGCACGAUUUGGUGCCAAUUAGUAGUAGUCCACCACUUUGAUUUAACGUGCGACGACUUGCAUAGGAAUGUCUACUCAGCGGUCGACCGGUACUUCCUCGCUUUUCAGAAGGCAAUCUACGAUAUAUUAGAUUCGAUAAACGAUCAAUUAAUCCAGGAGGCGAGUAUACAGGUACCUACGUCCUCGAGGGACGAACAAAUGGAAGUCUUCCAGAGAUAUUACGAUUAGCUAAGUACUAGGCGCACAUGAAGGGUCCAGAUUAGUCUUCCCUUUGUUGGCAAACGACGCGCUGGUUGCAAUUGGCGCUUCAAUCGGUCGACUAAUCUG